AUGGAUUAUCACGGUCCAAUUAUCCCAUCAUCGGCGAGAGGACAUAAGUAUAUUAUAUCUAUCACCGAUAUCAUGUCUAAAUUUGUUAUUGCUAAAGCCGUGCGCGACAAUAGUGCAGAAACGGCUGCAGAAUUUCUUCAGCAGGAAGUAAUCACUAAAUACGGGACACCCCGAUGUAUACUAACUGACAAUGGAUCACAUUUCACAGCAAUGAUGUUUAACAACCUAUUAAAAAGCAUUGGGGCAACACAUCUUUAUUCAACACCUUAUCAUCCUCAGACAAAUGGUCAAAUAGAACGAUUUAAUGCAACAAUGGAUGCGAAAAUCGCGGUGCUAGCUAAUGAAAGAAAAACAAACUGGCAUGAACAGUUACCUUUUGUUACAUUUAUCUAUAACACCAGCGUACACGCCACCACCAAACACAUUCCGUUUGAGUUAAUGUAUGGCAGAAAACCCGUUCUACCAUUCGAUCCUCAAUCCUCAGUGGUAUCGACAAUGGAAAGGGACGAAUAUUUAGAGUAUGCGAAAGACUACAUUUCGUCUCUAACCCAGGACAUGAAACGGAUUGUCCUCAACAGUCAACGAAAAUACAAGGAGAAGUACGAUCUAAAUCGAAGUAAUCCAACAUAUUCAAUAGGAGACUUAGUUCUUGUCAAAACAACAGCGGCGAGAAAUAAGUUUUCUGUGCGUAAUGAAGGUCAGUUUCGGGUGCAGAAACAAUUGGGACCGAAAACGUAUUUUGUUGAGCACGUGCGUAAACCAGAAUAUCAAAAACAAGUCACUGUUGACUCGAUAAUUCCAAUCGUCGAGCGACUUUCGUGA